CAUACCACACAAAUGGAGAAGAAAAGGAAUGUGACUGAAUUCGUUUUGACAGGUCUUACACAGAACCCCCAAAUGCAGAAGGUAGUGUUCAUUACAUUUUUGGUUCUGUACAUGAUAACAAUUUCAGGCAACCUGCUUAUUGUGGUCAUCAUCAUCAACAGCCAGGCUCUGAGUUCCCCAAUGUACUUCUUCCUGAGCCAUCUUUCUUUGAUAGAUACAAUUUACACUUCUUCUUCAGCUCCGAAGCUGAUCGUGGACUCCCUUCGAGAGAAUAAAGUCAUCUCCUUUAACGGAUGCAUGGCUCAAGUCUAUGCAGAGCACAUUUUUGGUGCUACUGAGAUCAUUCUCUUGACAGUGAUGGCCUACGACCGCUAUGUGGCUAUCUGCAAACCUUUGCACUAUAUGAUCAUCAUGAGCCACAAGCUUUGCAUUCUCCUGGUGGGCAUGGCCUGGACCGGAGGAUUUCUCCACGCAACUAUUCAGAUCCUCUUUACAGUCUGGCUGCCCUUCUGUGGUCCUAAUAUCAUAGACCAUUUCAUGUGUGACUUGUACCCAUUGUUGGAACUUGUAUGCAUGGACACACAUACCCUUGGUCUCUUUGUUGCUGCCAACAGUGGGUUCAUCUGCCUAUUUAACUUCCUCCUCUUGAUAGGAUCCUAUGUAAUUAUCUUGCGCUCUCUAAGGAACUAUAGCUUGGAGGGCAGGCGCAAAGCUCUAUCCACCUGUGUGUCUCACAUCACAGUAGUAGUUUUAUUCUUUAUUCCUUGCACAUUUAUCUAUCUACGCCCAGUGACCACUCUGCCAUUUGAUAAGGGUGUUGCUGUCUUUUAUACUAUGGUGGCCCCAAUGCUGAAUCCUUUAAUCUACACCCUCAGGAAUUCUGAAGUUAAAGAUGCAAUAAAGAAACUCUGGAGAAAAAAAGUGACAUCUGAUAAUAAUUAA